AUGCUCAUUGCCUCAAAGUAUGAAGAAAUCAACUCUCCCCAUGUGGAAGAUUUUUGUUACAUCACUCAUAAUACGUACAGUAAAGAAGAGGUGGUGAAGAUGGAAGUUGAUUUACUCAAAUCUCUGAAGUUUAAAAUGGGAAAUCCUACAAUUAAGACAUUUCUCAGAAGAUUCACCAAGUGGUUUUUGGUCUCCAAGGUGAGGGUUUCAAGAGGUUUGGACAAUGGCUUCAAAGAUAGGUUGAUUGAAGAAGAUGAACAAGAGGAUGCUAAGGCUGCUGCAGCAAAUUCUUCUAAGAAAGCCGUGAAAUAUGCAAGGAAGGAAGAUGCCAUUCUCCAUGCUCUUGAGAUUGAAAGCACUCGCCAAUGCAAAACUCAUCCCGACUUCUCCUCGAGAGUGGAGAAACAAGCUAGAGAACAAGAUGGUGUCAAAGAAUCACUGACCAAGUUGCGUUCUGACGAAGACACGGAUGAUACAAUUGAGGAAUUGAGUAUUUCUGAAGGCAUGUCAAAUUCAGUGCAAGAAUUGUCUCAAUUUGGUGUAUCAUUUGAGGAGCCUAAUCAUAUUGGUGUUUCUAAGGAGCAAUCUGUGCAGGGUAGGCCACAUAGAAACCCAAAUGAUUUAGAGGAUGAUGGAGCAGAAGGAACUAACGACACCCUGAUCAUGAAGAGUAUAGCGACACUUAUUACAAUUUUAUUUUUUUAUUUGCUUGUUUGCUGCGUUUGGGGCUGGGGAGCUAGUUGUCAAUCGGUUUCCUAUUAA